ACUCCGAAAUGAGAAGGGGGCACAAAUGCAAACUUUUCAACUCUCAAUAUACUUUCAUGCUUGAUUUAUUUGGUACAAAGUAGUGACACAGCUCCAGUGAAGUGGUUCCAGCUGUGACAUUUAUAUUUAACCAUUCAGUUAUCACUGCCAUUUUAGAAAUGGCAUUUUCUCAUUCUAUUCAACUGGAACCAAUUUAAACUCAGCCAAUUUGAAUGUGCUGUCUGGAGACUGAAAUACCUACUGUAUAAGAUGAUUAUGUAUCCAUAUGUAAUAGUAACAUUCAAAAACCCAUUCUGAAACUGCUCUAGUGGGACUAUAAAAGCUGCAUUAUCUUUUAAAGUGAGUGAUGACAUGGUUAGUACCUUAAUAAUAUGGAAGUCAACAGAAUAAAGUAGCUUCCUGUCUGCUGCAUUUGCCAUCACUGUUUGCAUGCUGACUUUAGAGUUUACAGCCAUGCCAGGAUCACUAAAGUCAUACUGAUAUAUCACCUGGGGACCAUGAAUGCCUGCACAAAAUUUCAUGGCAAUCCAUCUAACAGUUGCGAGACCAACCGUUAGACCAACAUUGCCAUCCCUAGAGCCAAGCCGCAAUCAUGGCUAAAAAGUCCGUAGUGUGCUCGCAAUGUCUCCAUGACUGCUUUCAUAAAUAUAGUUAUAGAUUGUUUUGUUCCCAAUAUCCCCGGUAAUUGGGGCAUCGUUUUCCUCCACAUGGCACAUCAAAUCAGCCAUAAAAAGAAGUGAUAAAUUCAGCAGUUGGCUUAAGGCUUUGAAGCUGAACACUGGGUGACAACCACCAGAACCCAGUGCCUGCAUCACAUUCAUUUAGAGCUCAUUUUUAGUUCAGCAUCUUAGCACCACAUAAUUGCCAAAAGAAAAAAAAACAACAAUGAAUACAAUACCCUGAGACAUCAGCAGCACAGAUAAUUACACCAAAAAAGAUUUUAAUUAAACUUAAUUGAAAAGAAAUGCUUAUCAGAUUGAUAUGCUCUCUGUUUUUGUUUACCAAAUUUGCUGUAGGUCAUGAAGCAUCACUCAAUUUUGCAAGUCAAUUUGCAUGAAAAAAGAUGAUUCACCCAUGCUAUUAGUUUCUACAAAGUGCCAGCAGCUGAAAUUAAGUAUCUUUCUUAGUGUGGGGCUUUUUGACAGUCAAGUUGAAAUAACUGUUUUUGUUCCUCUCCCUGGAUGAAUUAUGCAGUUUCAUCUCAUAAAAAAAAAAUUGCACAGCAGUGACUUUUCAUCCAAAUAUGUCAUUUGUGGUUCAUAUUCCAAAGGGUACAACGUUUCCUGUGCAUGUCCUCAGGCGCAGGGAAAAGCAAAACAUGACCCUAUAGAUGUUUUUUCCUGCACGUAUGCACUGGGUGGAGGUUUGUUAUCGCGCUGCCAUAUAGACCGCCUGACUGGGUCACACAGGCUCUUGCAAAACAUGUUUCCAUGUUGUUGUCGGUCCUUGAAAGAAUAUGUCAUCUGGCCACUGAACCUUUUUACCAUACAUAUUAUCUCUUGACUGACGUGCAGGAGCCCUACAAAGAUCAACAACAUCACAAAAAUGUCGUGCCACUAACCCCAUUUUACAAUAGCUGGCUAUAUAAAGGUGCCUGUGCAGGAAGUUGGGAGUCAGAUUGUGGAGACUGUUGGAAUAGAAAGAGAGAGAUUGCUUCUUUUUGGGCAAAAUCUGUAAAAGUCUGAGCAUUAAUCAAAGAAAGAUAUUCUGCUUUUAGCCUGGUAAACACCAAACCUUCCUUUUUAAAAGACACUCAUUCUCAUAAUGGCUACUUUUGUGUUGUUUAUCCACUAUAUUUGCUCUAAUAUUCUAUUCAAUCUUAUGAUAUAUUAUACUCCUGCUCUAUUUUUACAGCUCUUUCUUGCAGUAGUUAUGUUAUGCUGCUAUUUAAACUAGUUCUCUGUUUCUACUUUCACUUCUCUGGUCUCCAGCCUGCAGGUUUGUGCGUCUGUCCCGGACGAAGGGGCGGUGGGGUGGCGUCACGUCAUAUCAGCCGCCGCGCUCUGAUUGGCUGCCGAUUCUCACCCGACACAGCUGUGAUUGUUUUCUGCAGAGGAAGCUCUGGUCCCUGGUAUGAGCUCUGUGCUGUGGAAUGGAGCAGUGCUGUGUUUUUUUUUCUUCUUCUUCUUCUUCUUCUCCUCCUCCUCCUUCUCUGAGUCCACUAACGAUGAUGUGAACAAGCAACGUGAUUGUAGUGUUUGUUUGUAAAAGAAAAAAGAAAAAAGAGCAGGAGAACAAGGAGGCGAGUCCGGUUUAAUGAACAGGAGUACAGGUUUCUCUUUUGAUCAGACACUGAAGACGUCUGGAGAUCAAGACCCAAAGUGCCAAAUGCCCAGACUAGACGACCACUGUUGGAGCUGCUCCUGUGCAUCGAGGGUGGAAACUAAACACUCAUCAUCAUCUGGAGCGAACUGGUUGGCAUCGAAAGCCGAAGAGAUGAUGUCCAUUAUCACGACGGUGCUCAGCAAUGCCUACGGCUCCCUGCACGACGUCCGGACGGCCAACCUGAUCCGCCGGGGUCUCGUCCUCUUCACGGUGGGAGCCUUCCUCGCCUUGGUGCUCAACUUGCUGCAGAUACAAAGGCACGUCACCCUGUUUCCAGAGGAGGUGAUGACAACUGUGUUUUCGUCUGCCUGGUGGAUCCCGCCGUGCUGUGGUACUGGUGCCGCUGUUGUCGGCCUGCUGUAUCCCUGCCUCGACAGCCAUUUGGGAGAGCCGCACAAGUUCAAGCGGGAGUGGGCCAGCGUCAUGAGGUGCAUCGCCGUGUUCGUCGGCAUCAACCACGCCAGUGUUAAACUAGACUUCGUCAACAACAUGCAGCUCUCCCUAACCCUGGCAGCUUUGUCCUUGGGCCUGUGGUGGACGUUCGACCGGUCCAGGAGCGGCUUCGGUUUGGGCAUCACCACUGCCUUCCUAGCUACUGUGAUCACACAGCUGCUCGUCUACAAUGGAGUCUACCAGUAUACAUCUCCAGACUUCUUGUAUGUACGCUCCUGGCUCCCAUGCAUAUUCUUCUCAGGUGGUGUUACGGUGGGAAACAUAGGACGGCAACUUGCCAUGGGUUGUGUGGAGAAACCUCACAAUGACUGAACAGUGAACCACAGAACAGUGGAAAGACAGAAAAAACCAGGUGGAGAACAACAACACGAACAUGGACAAGUUUUGUUGAGAACUCGAAGAGAGAGAGAAAAAAAAAAGACUCAUUGGUUUUUGACUCCAUCCUUUGUUCUCAUAACAGAGUGCGGGUCAGAAAAGCCCCUCAUCUAACGUGCCAUGUCCUCUGCACCUCCUUGUGGCCAAACAGCCUUUUCCCUCCCAACCUCUGUUGUCCUACAUUAGCAUUAAGACUUCCUUCACACUAGACGGGAGGACAGUGUUUGCCUUUUUUAAAAAAAAAAGUGAACAAUAAGCUGGUUUUUAAUUUUUUGCGCUGGAAGAUCCGGCUACUCAUCUUCCCACAGUUUAUGGAGUGAAAGCGUGCGUGUGUGUGCUUUAGCGUGGAUGUGUCGUGGUCUUAGCAGAGAAGACAUGAGGGGGUGCUAUAAUGUCUGUUUUUGUUUUAGUAGUUUGAAUAUAAUAUGAUCAUAAAAGGGAAAUGUUAUAUGAAGUGGGCAAAAAAAAAAUAUGUCUUAACUCUCACAUGGAAAAGUAUUAAGUGGCUUCUGUGAUUGAGAUACAGGGGGAGACGUACUGUAUGUUCCCAAUCAAACCAAAUUAAGUAUUUAUUUUGUUACAUUUUGAAUGACCCCAAACCAAAUGUUCUGUGUGAUAAGGAAUGAUGCCUCCCAUUUUUAAAGAAACUACAAACUUGUAGUUUUUUAAGUCGGUCAGUAUAGUCGAUUUGUACUAACUGAUAUUAAUUUGUAUAUGAGGAAUUCAUAGAUAUACUAAGUGGUAAGAUAUUUGGAGAGGAAAAUGCAUACUACUUAGCUUCUUCAGUGAAAAUUUGUUGUAUUUACAAGUGAAAAGCAUCACAUUGGCAGUUAUCUGCCAGCACAGGAUUGUGUUUUCCACAUUUUUAUGAGAAAACCACUCUCAAACCAGCAGUAUGUUGUUUCUCACCUGCAGAUGAUUGUUUAGAAGAAAGUAGGACAGAAGCUUUUUUUUAUUACCAGCAAAGUGAGGAAAGACACCAGUAUGGGCCGUGUUUUUAAAAGAAUGUACCAGGAGUAUAUUACAAUUUUGCUGUAAUACCAUUUUAAAACACUUUCCAACGCAUUUUUACCUUUGUAGUCAGGUGUUAAACUUCUUGUAGAAUGGACCUGCGAUUCCCAUCGAGACAAACAUUCACCGUGUUGAUCGUGAUGAGCAUUUUCCACUUCGAAUUGUAUCUUCAAACUGGCGAUAACAGUUUGGGAACAUACGCCGGUUUGAAGGAGAGAGCAGGACAUUAUUACUUCAGCCUCGAAGAUUUGCAAUCUGUGAUUGCCUGUGUAUUAUAGAAUGUAGUGCUUUUGUCACUAUAACAGUUUAGUUUUAUCAUUUGUACAAACAUAAUGACAUUAUUGCUUGUAUAUAUGAUGGCUUGCCUAUGUAAUCAGACAGGUAUUACCAUACUAGACCUACAGUAUGUUAGUUAGUGUUUGGGGGUCUAGAGGAUUAAGUGCAAUCAGAAUAUACAUGAGCCGAUUAUUCUUCCUUAUUUAUUAUUAUUAUUUCUGACAAAGGCUAAAAAAAUAUAUAUAUAACUUGCAGUGUGGAAACUUUCAACAUCAAAAAAAAAAAAGCAAUAACAUCUUUGUUUUUUUGUGAACAAGAUUUUUGUCAGAGAUUACAUGCCUUCAGAGUCAAUACCAAUGACUCUCACCAGAGAGACAAAAUGAAAACUACAUAUUGUGUCAAACUGUUGUAAAAUCUGAUUUAGUAGCAUUAUUGAAGGAGACCUGAUUUAUUUUUUUAAAUACUUUUUUCUUGCGGCAGAUCGCAGAGGUCGGAUCUGCUUAUAUUCAGGUGUGCUAAACUGAAGAGGAAGCUUUAUUUUUUUGAGGUGGUGAAACACCUUUUGUUUCAAUGUUUUAGAGUCCCUAUGUGUGCGUCUGAUAUUUCAGCUGUGUAUCGUUUUUGCUACCUUGGAUUUAAGUGAAAAAUAAAAAAAAAAAAA